AUGAGAAUAGGAUUUAUACCUGAUAGAAGGAAUUUAGGAGGAAAGAAAGAUAUAGAUAAUUUAUAAAAAAACCAUUUAUUGGCUCUUAUAAAUGCAAAGAGUAUAACCAAUAAUAAAGUAGCUCCUAUUAAGCCAAUUGCUCAUUAAAAAAAAUCAAGAUAAAAAAGCUUAGGUUAAAUUUAAAUAGAAUUCAGAGAGGUUUAUGAAUCUUAAAAAAGAGUGCUAAAUCUAAAAAAAGGAGGAAUAGAUAAUACAUAGCCUGUGUGCUUUGAUAGAAAAAAUUUUAUUAAGAAUAGAGCAUGUUUGGCUAAGGAUAUUUAAACACAAGACCAUUAAAGAAAUAUUAUUUCAUUAUCAAAAAAGUUAAAUGGUAUUUAAUAUAAGUCUGAAUAAAAUAUACAAAAAAUGAAGGAAGAAUAAAUGAAGCAGUAGACUCUUUCUUCUAAAUUUCAUAGCAGACAUGACCAUAGCUUAUUUUAAAAUUCAGAUGCAUAUAGUAUUUUAAGAGGACGCCCAUAAAGCGCUAGCACCAAAAGCUCUGUAAAAGGAUUUAAACAGUCCUUAAAGCAGUCUAUAGAUUAUUCAUAGAUUGAAGUAUAAGAUAUUUUAGUUCCAGUAAACUAUGCAUACAAAAAUAAAUCUUAUGCUGAUUUAAACUUAAAAAAAAAUCAAUCACAUUUAGUUUCAAUGGAUUACAGCGAAAUUCUUAUUUCAGAAAAUUAAACAAAUUUGAAUUCUCAAAACUUGAAAAACAACUAGGACAAUAACAACCAUAAAAAAAGCUAUAUAGAUUCAAAAGAAGAUUUUCUAAUAAGUGGAGCUCCAAAGGCAAGAAAAGAUAUAAACUUUUAGGCAUAUGAAAAUCAACCAGAUGAAGAAGAAGUUGAAUAUUUAUAUUAAAAAAAUAAAUCUGAAAACUCUAUUCAGUUAUUUGAGGGUUAACAGCUGAUCCAAAAUGAUAAGAAUUCUCAUAAAAACUCAUACCAUAAUAGUGUACCUAUAAAUUAAAACAAUUAAAUGGGUACAUAAAAUCAAUAACCAAAGCCUAUUUAAUAGGCCAUCCCUUUUAUAACAAUUGUUGAAAAUAAUGACCCAUAUACUGAGCUUAGAAGAAGUUUGUUAAAUGUCAUAAUGGAUUAUAAGUUAUAUGAUAAAGAAUAGAUGAUGGAUUUAGCAAAUAUGGUUAAAAAGAAGAAUCCUCAUUUAGAUUUAAAAUAAAUUUAAGGAGUUUGUAGAAAUAUUGUUAUAAGACUUUAUGGAGAGCUUUGA